AUGACCUUUGGAAAUUUCUUAUGUUGCAGUGAGAACACCUUCUACCACCUUCUGCCCUUCUUGUUGGCUGUUCAUGAAAUCAACCAGAAUUCAAGGCUCUUACCCAACAUCACCCUGGGCUACAACAUCUAUCAGAACUUUUUCAGUGCAAGAAUGACAUAUGAGGCCAUGAUGGACGUGGUGUCCACAGGGCAGGAGAACAUCCCAAACUACAGAUGUGGAAGACAAAAGAACCUGCUGGCAGUCCUUGAAGAGGUGGAUUCUGAACUCUUUGAUCAUGUUUCUAAUGUCUUGAGCAUUUACAAAAUCCCACAGAUCAACUAUAAUGUCAUCAACCAGAUUGCUGAGCAAAAUAAACAUUUUCCUUUUUCAUAUCGGAUGACCCCAAACCAAAAACCUCCCUACUCUGCGAUUGUCAAUCUGCUCCUGCAUUUCCAAUGGACGUGGAUCGGCCUCCUUUCUCUGGACAAUGACAGAGGAGAAAAAUUCAAAAGAAGCUUGGAAGCUCUUGCUCUAAAAAAUGGGAUUUGCAUUGUCCUCUCAGGAACCAUCCCAGAAGCAAAUAUGAAGACAAGUGCUAGAGACACCCUCAUGCAAGAAAAAUGGGAAAUGUUCCUUUCUCUUAUCAAGAGUCAAAUAAAAAUUAUAGUAUGCCAACUGGAUUUUAAGGCCUCGGGGAUACUAACAACAGUAAUACAAGAGCUUGAUAAGAGUAAGAAAUUCAUUGUGGGAAGAGUAUGGAUUGCAACAACUUUGACAGCUUUAAGUGUAGUUCUUUUUGACCUCUUGGUUGAUCUCCAAAAUAAAUAUGCUUUGUUUUCCUUCCUCAUCCAGACAAAGGGAAGGACUCAGUAUUAUGACUUUAAAUCUUAUACAUCUAUGGUCACAGUGUAUGGAAAGGAAGCAUUCCAAUGUUCCAUUUCAAGUCCUUUGUUAUCUAAGAAGGUUUGGAAAAAAUGCAAAGAAAAAGAGAACUGGGAAUUCCCACCCCAUGAUGUGAUUGCAAGAAUCCUCUCUCAGGAUCCCUCUGGUAUUUCCAAAGUAAUUCAAAAUGUGGCAUGGGUCCUCAGUGCUGCCUCUUCCUCCCAACGGAGUAAGAGGAGAAUGCAAGUUGGAUAUUAUGAAUCAUCCCAGAUUGUGCAGCCAUGGCAGCUUCAUAGGUUCCUGAAAAACUUCCAACAUCACAAUAUUUCCAGAGAUGGGAUUUAUUUUGAUGAAAAUGGAGUUCCUCUUGGUGACUUUGAUAUCAUGCACUGGACAUCAUUUUGGGAAAAGUCUGAUGCAGGGGUGAAAAUUGGGAGUGUAGAAAGAGAAGCCUCCUCGGAAGUCAAGAUUUCCAUCAAUCAGAGUGCCAUUCAAUGGCCAACGUCAUUUAACAAAACAGUGCCUUAUUCAAGAUGUACAAAAAGUUGCUUCCCAGGUUAUGCCAAGCUUGUGAGAGAGGGGGCACCAGUUUGCUGCUAUGACUGUUCUCUGUGUAUGAAAGGAACAUUCUCUGUGCAAGAAGAUGCAUCCCACUGUGACAAGUGUCCAGAUGACCAUCAUUCCAAUAAGAAGCGAGAUCAGUGUGUCCCCAAAACUAUAAGCUUCUUAUCUUAUGAAGAAUUGUUGGGAUUCAUCCUGGCUUUCUUUGCCAUUGUUUUCUCCCUGACCACUGCCUUAAUUCUGGGAACCUUCAUUAAAUAUCGAGAAACUCCCAUAGUCAAAGCCAACAACUGUCAACUCACCUACAUCCUCCUGGUUUCACUCCUGCUUUCUUUCUUGACCCCUCUUCUAUUCAUUGGUCGCCCCAUGAAAAUGACUUGUUUGCUUCGACAAACCAUUUUCAGUAUUGUUUUUUCAGUUGCUGUAUCUUCUGUUCUGGCCAAGACGGUAAUGGUGGUGGUGGCCUUUCUGGCCACAAAGCCAGGCAGCAGCAUGAGGAAAUGGCUGGGGAAGAGUCUGCCCAACUCUAUUGUCUUAUCCUGCUCUGGUAUUCAAGUAGGCAUCUGUAUGAUAUGGCUGGGAAUUUUCCCCCCAUUCCCAGAUUCUGACUUUCAUUCCCAACCAGGACACAUCUUGUUGCAGUGCAAUGAAGGCUCGGUUGCCAUGUUCUACACUGCCCUUGGCUACAUGGGUUUUCUAGCUGCCAUUUGCUUCUUGGUGGCAUUUCUGGCUCGAAAGCUGCCAGGGAGCUUCAAUGAAGCCAAACUGAUCACCUUCAGCAUGUUGGUUUUUUGUAGUGUAUGGAUCUCCUUUGUACCCACCUACUUGAGCUCCAAAGGGAAAUACAUGGUAGCUGUGCAAAUCUUCUCCAUCCUGGCCUCCAGCCUGGGUUUACUAGUCUGCAUCUUUAUCCCCAAAUGCUACAUUAUUAUUCUGAGACCUGCCAUGAACACCAAAGAAAAUCUGAUGAUAAAAAAUCAUUAA